GGCAUGUUCAAAGGAUUUAAAUUUUUAUAUAACAGCUUUAGCCAAAGCUAUUCUAGGAUUCAGCGGAAGCAGAAUUUCAUGAGAGGACAAACUUCUUGACUAAUGGCCAAUCACUAAUCAGCAGGGAGGGCAAAGCCUGGUGUUUGUGUCACGGCCUGGAGUGGAGGGGGUGAGUGGGGCAUCAGUAUCAAAUAGUAAAUCGGGACAACCAGCCUGGCCAGUCUUGCCCUCACAGCCCCUCUGAGCAGCCCAUCAGGAGGCAGCAGACGGAUCAAUGGUCAAGCUGGGGGGGAUUUACUCCGCCACAGGCUACUGGAAAGCAGCUUUUUGCCUCACAGACGUCCACAAAAUGCUUUAUUUUACAAGACUCAUUUUGUUCUUGUUUUGCCUGAUGGUUCUUGUGGAGAGCAGAAAGCCCAAGAGGAAGCGAUGGACAGGGCAGGUGGAGACGCCCAAGCCAAGCCACUUAUAUAAGAAGAAUCUCGACGUGACCAAGAUCCAUAAGGGAAAGCCUCAGCAGCUUCUCAGAGUGGAUGAACAUGACUUCAGCAUGAGGCCAGCCUUUGGAGGCCCUGCCAUCCCGGUGGGCGUGGACGUGCAGGUGGAGAGCCUGGACAGCAUCUCCGAAGUGGACAUGGACUUCACUAUGACUCUGUACCUGCGGCAUUACUGGAAGGAUGAGAGGCUCGCUUUCUCCAGCGCCAGCAACAAGAGCAUGACCUUUGAUGGCCGGCUGGUGAAGAAGAUCUGGGUCCCCGACGUCUUUUUUGUUCACUCCAAAAGGUCAUUCACACAUGACACCACCACUGACAACAUCAUGCUGAGGGUGUUCCCCGAUGGACACGUGCUGUACAGCAUGAGGAUUACGGUCACUGCCAUGUGCAACAUGGACUUCAGCCACUUUCCCCUGGACUCCCAGACCUGUUCUUUGGAGCUGGAGAGCUAUGCGUAUACAGAUGAAGAUCUGAUGCUGUACUGGAAGAAUGGGGAUGAAUCCCUAAAAACAGAUGAGAAGAUCUCCUUGUCUCAGUUUCUGAUUCAGAAAUUUCAUACAACUUCCAGACUGGCCUUCUACAGCAGCACUGGCUGGUACAACCGUCUGUACAUUAAUUUCACGUUGCGUCGCCACAUCUUCUUCUUCUUGCUCCAAACUUAUUUUCCUGCCACCCUGAUGGUCAUGCUGUCCUGGGUGUCCUUCUGGAUCGACCGCAGAGCUGUGCCUGCCAGAGUUUCACUGGGUAAAAGCAUUUCACAAGGUAUCACGACGGUGCUGACCAUGACCACCAUCAUCACGGGCGUGAACGCCUCCAUGCCGCGCGUCUCCUACGUCAAGGCCGUGGACAUCUACCUCUGGGUCAGCUUUGUGUUCGUGUUCCUCUCGGUGCUGGAGUACGCGGCCGUCAACUACCUGACCACCGUGCAGGAGCGGAAGGAACGGAAGCUGCGGGAGAAGUUCCCGUGCAUGUGUGGAAUGCUUCAUUCAAAAACCAUGAUGCUGGAUGGAAGCUACAGUGAGUCUGAGGCCAACAGCCUGGCUGGGUACCCCAGAAGCCAUAUCCUGACAGAAGAAGAAAGGCAAGACAAAAUAGUGGUCCACCUGGGCCUGAGUGGUGAUGCCAACACUGCCAGAAAGAAGGGGCUCCUGAAGGGCCAGAUGGGUUUUCGUAUCUUCCAGAACACCCAUGCCAUUGACAAAUACUCCAGGUUGAUAUUCCCUGCCUCCUACAUAUUUUUCAACUUAAUUUAUUGGUCAGUGUUUUCCUAGGGACUCUAAGGCUGUUCCUAGAAGAAGGCAUAGACAUGGAGGGGCCUGGCCAGUCAUGGGCAGAUGGACUUGUUGACCACACACCCCUCACCAGACAGAGCAGCAGCUGCUGGACCACCCUGUGCAGCACCCAUCUCUCAGAGGAGCCCAGGAGCCCUCCAGCUGCCCUGACCCGGGACCUCGUGGGGUUGCUCCUUGCUCAUGCUGUGUCUCACGUCACAGUUCACAUCUCUCUGGGACCGCCGUCUUCUGUUCUUGUGUGUGAACUAGUUCAUAAGAACUCCCCUCCUAUAAACAAGGACUCAAAUGCCUCCCAGACAUUCUGAGAUCCUCAGGAUGCCUAGGAUUCAGUUAUGGAGGGUAAAGAAAAAACUGAAGGGCAAGCGUAGGGGCAUUCUGGAUAGGAGACAGGAAAUUAGAAAGAAAACCCCCCUGUAAACCCAUGCAACUGGAUCAAGUGCCUGUCUAGAAGGAAAAAGAGCUCAGAUCCCAGAUAGGAAAUGAUAUGGAAGUAUGGCAACCCACAGGAUUUUGCAAUAUUAGAGAAGAUUUUCAUUUAACCAUCCAUUCAACCAUUUAUUAAAUAUUGAGGUCCCACUCUGCACCAGGUACUGUGGAAAUGAAAAAAAGAGUCUCUUUCCUCAGAGAUCUUCUCUAAGCUGUUCUCAUUCUACAUGUGGCGUGAGGUGCUCCUGUUCUUUCCCCUCCCUCAACCCCUCUUUCCCCACAGACCCAUUCUGUUUGCUGUUGCUUUUACUCUUAAGCAUAUAAGGCAGUGUCCAUGAGAGACAAGGUGCAGAACUUUCAACUGUCCUCCUUCAAUGGAGUUACGCAGAUAGCACUGAUUUUGCCCAGCAAUGAUGCCUGGCAACGUGCAUGGAGUAUUACCAGCCAGGGAAACUCACCCAAGCUCGCCAAAUUGUACAGUUUUUUUAUUGGCAUUGGCCAUGGAUUUAUGGCUAAUUGCCCUCAUGGCUGACUUUAGUCUUUAGCCUCUCCAGAAGUUGAGCUGUUACCUUGAGGUCCAGGGCACCCAUCAUAAAUCACACUGUUGGCAUAGACUAUCUGGUGUGGUCCAAGGCCCCAGUACACAAAGACUGUCUGUCACACAAGAAAUCCCAAGGGCAUAGAGGUUCCCUUCCAGGGGUUGGGGCCAAGGUUCAAACAACCUUUAUUUGGGCAAGGUUAGUCCUUCACUACGCAGCAACUCUUGUCAAUUCCUUACCAUUAAUGUUAAUUACAGUGUUACUAUUAUAUAUUCAGGCAAUAAACAUUUUAAAGUAUCUCUGCACUAGGUAUAGUGGGGUCCAAAUGAAGAAUAAGAAUAGUCAAAGCUCUCAGAGAAGGAACUAGUAGAGGAAUUGCCACAUAGAUAUCUAUAAUGCAAGGUUCCGACUGUUUAGUGCCUCAGUAAUGGUUCAAUGUGAGAUGAGAAUUCUGAGGAAGGAAAAACAGUCCCACUGGGGAGAUGGGCCUCAUGGAGAAAGCAGCCCUGAGAUACCCCUUGAAGGUCAGGAUUUUAAGAAGAAGAAGAAACAAGGCAGAAUACAUCCUAGAUCCAGGCUGUCUAAUAUGGUAGCCACUAGCCACAUGCCUAUUUAAAUUUAAAUUAGUUAAAAUAUUAGCCGGGUGUGGUGGUAUAUGCCUGGGGUUCUAGCUACUCAGGAGGCUGAGGUGGGAGGGUUGCCUGAGCCUAGGAGUUCCAGGCUGCUGUGAGCUGUGAUCAAGCUACUGCAGUCCUGCCCGAGCGACAGAGUGAGGCCCUAUCUCUACAAUAAUAACAAUUAUGAUUUGGAUUAGUUGAAAUUGAAUAAAAUUGAAAACUCAGUUCCUUGGUCACACCACCCACACUCAAGUAUGUUCAGUAAGCACAGUUGCCAGUAGCUGCUGCAUUGGGCUGUGCAGACCUAAAGACCAGAAAGCUCUACCAGCCAAGAGACAGCCUGAGAGGAUGCAUGGCGAGAACAGGAAGGUUUGCCAUUGCAGAGGAUAGGGUUUAUGGGCAUGUCAUUCAUUUUGACAGGAUCCCAGGCUGUGGGAAAAGGAGAUGAGAGAACAACUUUUUCCACAACACUAGGGGUCAAGGCAGGUCCCCACCAUGCUGGUGCUUAUGAGGACAGCUUCCCCACUAUGGAGUUGUUGGACCCAAGACCACUAGAUUUUCCAGCCUCAUAGACUAAUGAAGAAUAAAAAUGCAUAAACAAGUGUGAUUGGGUGGUACAGGGCAUGUGGACUUGUUUAGAAACCUUUUAUCUCUUGAGACUCUCCCAGGCCACAAUGCUGCUCAAAGAAUGAUAAUUUUAUUGUCAUUAAAUACAUCGUUUUGCUUUGGUUGUAAGUCUUAUUUAAUUCCAACACUCCUCCGCUUCUGACUGCACUGUUUUCAUAAAUUGUGGUUCUUAUAAUGUGGUUGCCUGUUCACAAAUUAAAACAAAUAAAGAUGUAUUUUUGCUAGCUUCUAUGUUAAACUGGAGUUUAUUCUAUAGCAGACAUAUGUAGGAUCAUAAACUGUGUUUUAUCAUGCAGGGCCAUGAUACAAUGACACCAUUAUAUUUAGCAUUGCCUUACGAGGGUCUAAUAGUCUGACACUACUUGAGAAAAGUAGAAAAUUUAAAGAGGUAAAGUGGAGACAACAUCGGCAGGAGUAGAAAACAGGAACUUAAGGAAAUAGUGAGAACCUGUGAUGAUUCACCCUGGAGGCAGGAAGACAGAGGAGCAAGCACAAUUGUUAUUUGUUAUCAGGGAUGCAUGAAUGAUACUUUACUUCACUGAAUCUAAGACAUUGUGAAACGUAAGAUGCACCCAUAUUUUAUGUACUGAGAAAAAAUACUAAUAAAUUCUGGCCAAUGAUUAUAAUAUGAAUUCUGAUUUCACCAAUAUGAAACUGUGAAAAAAUAUUAAUGUUACAAUAAAAGAAAUGGGUU